AUGACCAUCACAGCAAAGGUGUCACCACUUUCAAGUGGAGAUGAGAGCGCACUUGAAAUUAUCAGACCCGUUCCCGAACCUGAACCUCCUGCCCCGCUGAGACCGGCUUCUCCUGGUAAAUACUCCAACAGCAGGACUGUGGUACAGCAGCCUGUGUCUGACACAUUGCAGCCAGGAGACUCUGUGAGCCUGCAGUGUACGAUAGAGACUGGGAGCUGUGCAGGAGAACACAGUGUUUACUGGUUCAGACAUGGAUCAGGAGAAUCCCUUCCAGGAGUCAUUUAUAGCCACGGAAACAGCAGUGAUGAGUGUGAGAAGAGCCCUGAGGCUGGAUCUCCUACACGGAGCUGCGUCUACAGCCUCCCCAAGGGGAACCUCAGCCUCUCCGAUGCUGGGACUUACUACUGCGCCGUGGCCAUGUGUGGGGAGAUGCUGUUUGGGAACGGCACACAGCCGGAUAUAGAUGGCUUUCAGAAGCUGCUGGAUCCUCUUCACUCUGACUUGCUGAUAGUUUUAUCUUGCAGCAUUAUUCUGAACGUUGCUUUCAUUUGUAUAAGAUGUAAACUGCCCUGUACACACUGUGCAGAUGAAAAGAACAGUGAUAUAUCAAAAGUGGAAUGGUCACGCAAGCAAUGCCAUGACGAGGACACACUGAAUUACGCUGCCCUGAACCUUAAGAAGCCAAAACCCAGGAGACAGAAGAAAGAUGGGAAUAAUGACACUCUGUAUUCUGACCUCCGGUACAGAGAUUAUGAAUAAAGAUGCUUCUCAUUCAUGUCAGUCACACAGAGGGUUCAGGGUGUAGCUUUAAUAAUGUUCAGAAGGAGGGCAGGGGAGCCAGUGCUUCUGAGACUGAAUCACGGGAUUUUACGGAGCCCGAUCCUCGUGUGUGCCACGCCCCCCUGAUUAUCCACAUGUGCUUCCCUGAUUGUACCCAGCUGUACUCUGUUGUCUUGUCUAUUUCAGUCCCAGUCUUGCCUCAGUUCAUUGUCCGUCAUUGAUGCUAGUGAGUCUUCGAGCCGCUGUUCUGUCCUGUCCGUCCCGUUCGUUAAUAAAUCCCCAGUUUUCCCCGA